CUCCAGUGUAACCUAACCUAUAUCUCAUGUCAAAACAUUAGAGUUGUGGUGUUGGAUUUAUAAAUAAUUUGUAAAAAACUUCUUAUUUGUAUUAAAAUGCUAAAAUCAUUUUUCAAACAAGCUCAUAUAUUGGGCAGUCUUACGCUUUAUGAAAGGGAGAAAGGAAAAGUAUUAAGGUAUGUGUGUGGUACGCUGAUUGCUUCGGGUGUACUGGUGUACGACUUGAAUAAGAAAAAAGCUGAAAUGGCUGCCAAAAAGGGCACAAUAGAUACAUCCAAAUUCAUGGCGGAACCAAUUACGAAUAUUAAAACUCUAGAAAACAACAGCAAAGAUAUGAAAACCAGAAUGGAGCUCAUGAUCAUGAAAAUACAGGCUGAUUUUUGUCGUGCAUUAGAAGCGGAAGAAGAUGUAGAGACAAAGUUUCAAGUUGAUCGCUGGGAGAGGAAGGAGGGAGGGGGUGGUAUCACUUGUAUUAUGCAGGAUGGGCGAAUUUUCGAAAAAGCUGGAGUGAAUAUUUCAGUUGUCUCAGGCAUGUUGCCACCAGCUGCGAUACAGCAGAUGAAAGCCAGAGGGAAAAAUUUCUCCCAUGGAGACAAGAUGCCAUUUUUUGCGGCAGGAGUCAGUGCAGUUAUCCAUCCAGCAAAUCCCAUGAUACCAACAAUACAUUUCAACUAUCGUUAUUUCGAAGUACAAGAUAGAGACACUGUACAUUGGUGGUUUGGAGGGGGAACCGACCUGACGCCAUAUUACCUGAAUGAAGAUGACGCCAGACAUUUCCAUCGUACUUUGAAAGAUGCUUGUGAUAAGCAUGAUAAGAGCUACUAUCCUAAAUUCAAAAAAUGGUGUGACGAUUAUUUUCAUAUAACACAUAGAGGUGAACGAAGAGGAGUUGGUGGAAUAUUUUUCGAUGAUCUAGAUACACCAUCACAAGAAAAAUGCUUCAAUUUUGUGCAAUCAUGUGCGGAAGCAGUGAUUCCAUCCUACAUACCUCUUGUGAAAAGUCAUAAAGACGAUGGAUAUGGUUACUUUGAAAGGAAGUGGCAGCUUUUGAGGCGAGGUCGCUAUGUGGAGUUCAACCUCAUCUAUGACAGAGGAACGAAAUUUGGACUGUACACGCCAGGAGCCAGAUAUGAGAGUAUCUUGAUGUCUCUGCCAUUGAGUGCGAGAUGGGAGUACAUGCACAUUCCAGACCCGAAUAGUAAAGAAGGAAAGCUCAUGGAAGUCUUGAAGAAUCCCAAGGAUUGGUUAGGUAUUGAAAACGUGUAAUCUUAGAAGAUAUAUUGUGAUGCUUUGUAAAACGAUUCGUUAUUUUCGCAGUAAUUUUCUGAGACUGAUGAAUUUUAAUAGAUUUAUGAAGAUGUAAUCGGUUUUGUUGGCAAAUAUAGAUAUUAUUUUUAUA